CACAAGUAGCGGCUGCAGAGGGUCACUGCGCGCUUCGCCUUUGCGCGGACGCCGCUUUCCUCCUACUGAGACCCAUCUCCUGGUGGGAUCCGGGCUCCGACGCCAAAGGGCGCAGGAUUCCAGCUGCUGCAGUGCCGGGGAUGCUGAAUCGCAGCUAAGUAAUUAGAAGCUAAGUAAGAGACGGGGAGGGUUGCCGGUGCGCCCCAGAGCGAUGGCGCAGGGCGGCGGGGAGUGGCAGAGCUUGGAGACGCUCCUGCGAAGCAGCCUCCGCGUCCUGCGUAGCAAGUGUGAGCAGCAGCCGGGGAGGCUCCCGGAGAGCGACGAUCGCGCUGGGGAAGAGGAGGAGGAGGAGAAGCAGACGCCGCCGCCGCCCAGCGCCUUGGAGGCCCUGCCGAUUGAUGUGAAGUUAUACAUUAUGUCCUUCCUCACACCCAAAGAUCUGAGUAAUUUGGGAAGCACCAAUCGCUACUGGAGUAUAACAGUCCAGGAUCCCUUACUAUGGCGUUAUUUUCUCAUCUGCGAUCUUCCUUCCUGUCGUUCUAUUGAUUGGGAGUCAGUCCCUGAUGCAAACAUAUUUAAUAAAUCCUUUUUUGAGCUUCAUAAUAGGGCCUCAAGUGACUACAUGGCUGCGUACAGAAAGUGUUGCUCCUGGCGUAAAAGAUGUCCAAAACCCAGCCAACCCACUUCCGGAUCUGUCACUUCCAUGUUACAGUCGGUGAUCACACAGACGGAGCCUCGCUUUGCAAUGUUUGGGCCUGUGUUGGAAGUGCUAGACGACUCUUUGCUGUACAGAAUGGCGGUGUGUCCGGAGAUUUGGCCGCUGGCUGGUUUUCCUUCUGGACAAUUGCAUGGGAUAGAAUUAGGAGUCACAUAUCAUUUGAAUGGCCAGAAAUUCAAUAUUACACUGUGUACAGAAACCAUUGAGGAAAGUCUCACAGAAAAGGAAGAGAACACCAGUCCUGUCAACAAGGUGUUCUCUGCGGAGUCCGGUGUUGAUGGGAAAAUGCAUUACAGUCUGAACAAACAUUUAAAAAACGUGUGCAGACUAAUGGAUGGGUUCAUCUAUCUGGCAUAUGCUGACACUCAUGAAAGACACAACCGUCAACUUGAAUUUGACUGGCUGGCAGCGAUGCUUGACCCAGACCUUGGCCCUACAGAUAGGCCUCUGCUUGUUCUGUCCUGCGUUUCCUGUGCUGAGAUCGAAAGGAUUCCUUGUGUUUACAUGGCGCAUCAGCUACAGCUGAACCUGCUUGGCACGCGGCCAUGGAUGGUUCAGGACACUGAAACUUCCACCUUGGAUGGACUGGUAGAUGGAAUUCAGUGGCUACUGGAACAAAUCAAAUGUAAAAAUGCCCAGUAACCAGGCUUGUUUACAUUCAUUCACAUAUACAUUACUGCAUGCCCACUUGUGGCAAAGGAGAAUGUCACUAUGUCCUUGGGCAUGAAUGGGGGGAUAAAUUUCUCCCUGGCA